AAUGCCGAGCUGUUAGUGCGAGUCAAGCACCUGGAAACGUGUGAAUGCAGAAAGUCCAUGUGCUCAUGGCAGGGGCGAGAGUAUGAAGAGGGUCAGUCAUGGGAGCAGGAUCGCUGUAGCACCUGUACCUGCACUAAAGGCGAGGUACAUUGUUCCAGGCGGGAUGACAGUGCAGUCUGUCAGGAUCCCUGUGUUACCAGACCCUGCAAGAAUGGGGGUCGCUGCAAAGCUCUCCCCUCAGACUCUGGGCAACAACCCUCUGGAUUUACCUGCAGCUGCCCUGCGACAUCCACAGGACGUCUGUGUGAGAAGCCCAUGGUUCAGGUCUGCUCUCUGCCCAGGCUUACAGGUAUUUGUAAAGGAAAACACCGCAUUCCAUCAAGGCGCUGGUUUUACAGCACCCUCUCGGGUCUGUGUGAGGAGUUUGAUUACAGUGGCUGUGGCGGAAACAGCAACAAUUUUCAGACACAUGAGGAAUGCACGAAGCGAUGUGAGGUCGGUGCUUGCUGCUUCCGUCAGCCAAAGCUGACCAACUUCCUGAUUGGCUAUGAUCAUGAAGGUUACGAUCGCUAUGGAUACAACACAUCUGGCCUGGACCGGUCUGGGAGGCAGGUGGUGGCCUUUAACCCCGUGCGUUCUGGACCUGCACUGUUCGGACCAAAUGGACAGGUCUUUAGUGGCCUGAGCGAUGGGCGUGAGUUUGACAAGUAUGGGUUUGACAAACAGGGUUACGACCGGGAUGGGUUUCACAAGGACACUGGGUUUAAUCUGACUGGAUACAACAAAAGAGGAGAGCACGACUCCAGAGGCGAGUUCGACACAACUGGAUUCAACGCUGAGGGUUAUAACCGUGCCCAGUUUGACUGUUUUGGGAUCAAUCGUGAGGGGUUCAACUAUCUUGGCUACUUUGCAGCCUUUGACUAUCAUUGUGAAUACCUGCCAUCAUCACACUGCCAGGCCAUCAACAGAGCUGACCUGAGGAGAGAGGUGGUCAGCUUCAGACCAGGCCAAAGGUGUGAGGACAUCUUCUGUGGCCAGAGCUGUGGCUGCACCUUCCAAGGUCGUUCCUAUCACUUUGGCGAGUCCUUCGAGUACGGUUGUGAGAUCUGUCUGUGCAGUUACACCGGAGUGAUCGAAUGCAACUGUCGGCAUGUCAGUCAACGCAAGGAGAUCCGGGACAUGAUGGCUACUGAGAUGAAGGCUUAUCAGGCAGCAAUACGGGAUCUCUACUCGAAACAAGGUACUUGGGAGGAGUUUGCCACAUUGAGAGCAGAGUAUGCCCCACAGGCCAAUGGCCUAUCUACCUUCCUUCCCUGGCACCGAUACUUUCUCCGCACGGUUGAGCGGGAGCUACAGAAGGUAUCAUGUGACAUCAGCAUCCCGUACUUCGAGUGGACCAUUGACGUGGGCUCGAUGGAGAGCUCGACUGCCUGGCAGGCUAAUUUCUUUGGGCCAAAUGGAGACUCUGAGACAGGCUGUGUUUUACAUCACCCUUUCCAGCUGGACAGCAAAUGGGAACCUUGUCUCCGUCGCCAGUUUAACUCUUCCGUCGCUCUGCCUGAUGCCAUCAACAUCCAGCUGAUAUUGGCCGAAGAAGACUUUAAUCAAUUCUCCAUUCAGAUGGAGGCCAUCUCGGGCCUUUUCCAUGUUUGGGUUGGAGGUCACAUGGCCUCACCUUUCAGUCCUUAUGACCCAAUCUUCCUGUCUCAUUAUGCAUUUAUCGACAAGCUUUGGACCCACUGGCAAGACCGCAGUCCCAGUGGCUUGCCCCGUUAUCCUCCUGAGCUCCGGUUUGUGAAGAUGAAACCGUUUGACAUGGCCCCUGAUGAUAUCCUCCUGUCUCAGCAACAGCUGUGUACCACCUAUGCCCCAGUUACACUCGGUGCCCCCUGCAACGUUACGACCCCUGACCCCCCGCUCCGUCACCGAGACGACUACAACGGGGAAGAUAGUGAUCGAACUGCCCAGUCGGAGCUGCAGGGACAAUACGAUGUACACGGCUACAAUCAGCACGGGUACGAUCGCCAUGGCUACGACCAAUCCGGCUGGGAUCCAUAUGGUUACAGCAGAGACCAUUUCAACCGGGAUGGUUUUGACGUUGAAGGGUUUGACAUUUCUGGAUAUAACCGGUACGGCUUCAAUCGAUCACAAGUCACACCAUUUGGAAUGCGGAAGGAUGAGUCCUACCUGCCUUACGUUGAGGUGGAGCUCAUUGAGUCCCUCUUUGACAGGGGCUAUAAUAUGUAUGGAUACAACAAAUUUGGUUUGGAUAAGAACGGGUUUGAUGUGUUUGGCUUUGAUGAGAAAGGCUACGACAAGGACAACUGUAAUUACUUCUUCCGAGGCCCUCAUCACAUGAGAUUCUACUUCUUCAUCCAGCAGCAGUUAUACAUGACAAGUCCCAAGCUGCUGCUCAAUGUUAAACGUAUCUGCCCACCUGUAAGCCCACUCCCAGAUUGGUGGCUUGUUCAGAACUGGAUGACUAUCGAUGUGCAAGAAACGGUCACAACAAUCAGGCUGAUUGAGCAGAAAUGGGCAUCCCAUCAUCCAUUUGACCACGGAUAUAUCCCCAGCAUCACCUCCGUGAAAGACAACAACCUCUGGCUCCCUGUGACUCCUGACCUCAG